AUGCACGUCUUUGUCACUGGAGCUACCGGCUUUGUCGGUAGAGCUGUCAUUGACGAGCUCAUUGCCGCCGGCCACACAAUCACAGCACUCGCGCGCUCUGAAGGAUCCGCCGCUGCGCUAAAAGCGAAAGGCGUCGAUGUCCUCCGCGGAUCCCUGCAAGAUCUAGAGAUCCUCAAACAAGGAGCAACCGAGGCCGAUGGCGUGAUCAACCUUGCCAUGGAUCACGACUUCAGUAAAUAUGCAGAGAACUGCACUGCCGAGAAAAGCGCCAUCGAGGCUAUGGGCUCGGCUUUGAUUGGAACUAACAAGCCUUUGAUCACCACAUCCGGCACCCUGGUGCUCACCCCCGGCGAAGUCGGCACCGAAGACUCACAACAAGUACGUGCUUGUGUUAUCAGAUUGCCGCCUACUGUCCACGGCGAUGAGGACCAUGGGUUCAUCGAUAAGAUGACUGCGCUGGCCCGCUCGCAGGGUAAUGCUAUCUACAUCGGCGAGGGUGUGAACUGCUGGCCGGCUGUGCAUCGCCAUGAUGCUGCUCAGCUCUAUCGACUUGUGCUGGAGAAUGGAGUCGCCGGAAAUAUGUACCAUGCUGUAGCUGAAGGGGGCGUUGCCAUGAAGGAUAUUGCCGACGCCAUUGGUCACAAUCUAGGUGUACCUACUGCAUCAAAGACAUUUGCUGAAGCCCAGAGUCUUGACAGCUUCCUGGGUUUUGUUAUGAGUGUUGAUAACCCAACUUCAAGCAAGAAGACUCGAGAAUUCCUUGGCUGGGAACCAAUUGGUCGGAAGCUUUUGGAGGAUAUUAGGGCUGGGAUUUAUUCCCAAGAGUAA